GAAGAAGUAUAGGUUGGUUUAAAAAGGUCAUAAAUGAGUGUAUUUUUGUGGAAGCAAUUACAUGAUUUCAAAGUUCACGAAGAGUUAACCUUAGCAGAACUUUUGUCUAAAUUACAGAGGACAGACCACAGUAUCCCCACUGCCCAUCUACUACUCCCCAAAGCAUGCUCUUAUCUUUGCUUCACAAAAAAAUAAUUAGCAAGAAAGCCUGCUGCAAAAGAGCCUAGGCAGUUUAUUUUUAACUACUUCUUUUUAAGGCUACACAACAAGUUUGGCCCUUAUAUGGGUGUGUUCAUGGGUGGUUAGAUUUAGAGCAGGCUCAUGGAAGAGAAAGCAGGUGAAGAUAUGGGUUUAGGAGUGGGGGGCCCUGCUCUUGGACAGGCAUAACAAGCUCGAAGCCUUCAAACUGGAACUUAUUUCCCCCACCCUGCAGCCUCUCCCUACCCCAACUUGCCAAUAUUCCCUUUGGGUCUCAGUCUCAGUGACUCCCACCACCAUCAUCAACCCAGCUGCCCAAACCAGAAAUUUAGGCGACAUCUGUUAAUUUCUCUUUCCUUUUCCUUCACAUUCUACUGGUCACAAAAUCCAGUGGAUUCCACCCAAUACCACUCUGAUUUGCCACUUCUCAUUGCCAAUGCCCUGCUCCUGGACUUGUCCUCUCAUGCCUGGAUUCCUGCAGCAGCCCCAGGCUGGUCUGCCCGCCUCCCUUGUCCCAGUCCCACAGAGCAGACAUGGGAGCCUUUCCUGAUGAGGUCACUCUCUGCUUAAAACCCUGUUACAGCUUCUGAGCAACCUCCUUUCCUUGGUUUAUGAGGUCGAUUUUAUCUUGCAGCUUUAAUGCCUCUCUCCAACCAUCUGUUCCUACUCUAAGGAGGUCCUCCCCAUUUCUAGAAUACACUGUCAAGUCCCUAUGUCUCAGCAUUUGCCCAUCUUACCGCUUGGAUUCCCCUCCCACAUCCUUUUCAGCCUUAGCUUACUUCCUCAAGAAGCCUUCCGACGCCCCAGGCUGAAUAUCCUGGGUGCAGUAGGAACUCCUGUUAGCUCCUCCCCCACCACAGCUCGGUUGCCUGGUGUAAUCUUGUCACCUGGUUGUUUGCCGCGCUUCUGUGGAUUGGGUACUUGGCUUCUUGCCGUCUCACCUUGCCCUUGGAGUGCCAGCCACUUCACCCCAGGUCUCUUUUCCCCUCCUCGAAGAUUCCCGCUCCUUCUGCCUCUCAUCCCUCUUCCGCUGCCACCCGGGGUGCCACCCUGAUCCCCAGGCAGGUUCAGAUCUCCAGUUCGUUUCCUAUGCUUGAAGCACGGCAGACGUUUCCUCCUGGCACGGUCCGGGACUCUAGGGUCAGCUAUGUCAUUGUGUGCUGGAUAUCUGUUCCCAGUUGCGGAACCUCCGCGCGGACCGUGUCUCUCUGACCGCUGUGUUCCCCGGGCCACCUCGCGCCAGGCGCGCAGCAGGUGCACGGGGAAGUGAGGGGCGCGUAGCAAACGAACGUCUGGCGGGCGAGCAGAGCGCGCAGGCCGCGCGGUGGGGGGAGGGCCCGCGCCCUCCUCGGGACCCCUCGGCGCUCUCCGCGCCCUGCGCGGCGCCGGAAGCGGCCGGCCGGCCCCCUCCCCGCGGCGCCCGCCGCCUUAUCUCGGCGCCUCGGGGCGGCGGGAGGAGUCGCGGGCGCGCCAGGAGGGACGCGGCGGCGGCGGCGGCAUGGGCCGGGGGCCCCGGGGCGCGGGCCGUCCGCCUCGCCGCCUGCUGCCGCUCCUGCUGCUGCUCGGCCUGGCCCGUGGCGCGAGCGGAGCGCGGGGCGCCGACGGUUUAGAUGUCUGUGCCACUUGCCACAAACAUGCUACCUGCAAGCAAACAGAAGGGAUGAAGAUGUGUAUUUGCAAGUAUGGAUUUGUGGGCAAUGGGAGGACUCACUGCGUUGAUAAAAAUGAGUGCCAGUUUGGAGCCACUGUGGUCUGUGGAAACCACACAUCUUGCCACAACACGCUCGGAGGCUUUUAUUGCAUUUGCCUAGAAGGAUAUCGAGCCACGAAUAACAACAAAACAUUCAUUCCCAAUGAUGGCACCUUUUGCACAGACAUAGAUGAAUGUGAGGUUUCCGGCCUGUGCAGACAAGGAGGACGGUGUGUGAACACUUACGGAAGUUUCGAAUGCUACUGUAUGGAUGGGUACUUGGCAAAGAAUGGGCCUGAGCCUUUCCACCCGACCAGAGAUGCCACGUCAUGCACAGAAAUAGACUGUGGCACCCCUCCUGAGGUCCCAGAUGGCUAUAUCGUAGGAAAUUAUACUUCUAGGCUUGGCAGCCGGGUUCGUUAUGCUUGCAAAGAAGGAUUUUUCAGUGGCCUGGAAGAUACAGUUUCAAGCUGCACAGCCUUGGGCACGUGGGAGUCCCCAAAAUUAAAUUGCCAAGAGAUCAACUGUGGCCAUCCUCCGGAAGUGCAGCAUGCGGUCCUGGUGGGGAAUCACAGCUCCAGGCUGGGCAGUGUGGCUCAUUACCUCUGUCAAGAGGGCUUUGAAAGCCCUGGAGGAAAGAUCAUUUCCAUUUGCACAGAGAAAGGCACUUGGAGAGAAAGUCCUUUGACGUGCACAGAAAUAAUUGCAGAAGUUAAUGAUGUAUCAGUGUUUAAUAACAGCUGUGUGAGGUGGCAAAUAAACCCAGGAAAAACAGUCUCCAAGAUUAUCUAUGUGAUACACAUAAAAGGACAACGGUUGCACCCUGUGGAAUCAGUUCAUGAGGAGACCGUCAACUUGACCACAGACAGCAGGACCCCCGAAGUGUGCCUAGAUCUGUACCCAGGCACCAACUACACCGUGAGCAUCUUCACCGCCCUGCCCAGACGCUCUGUGCCCGCCAUCAUUGGGUUCCAGACAGCUGAUGAUCUCUCAGAAGAUGAUGCAACUUUCAAUAUUUCAAUAUUCAGCGAAGCUUGUUUGAAACUGAGCAGGGGCCCUAGGAAAGCUGGAUCAGAACAAACGUACCAAUUUAAAGUUCUGGGUCAGAGGUGGUAUCUGAAUAAUUUUUAUCAUGCCGCAUCAUUUAACUUCACAACGAGGGAACAAGCUCCAGUAGUGUGUUUAGACCUGUACCCAGCAGCGGAUUACACAGUGAAUAUCACUCUACUGGGAUCUUCUGAGCAGCACUCAGUGCAAAUAACAAUGACAACUGCACCAGCAGUAAAACAGAUCAUCAGUAACAUUUCAAUAUUUAAUGAAACCUGCUUGAGAUGGAGAAGUACAAAAACAGCUGAUACAGAGGAGAUGUAUUCAUUUCACAUUCAGGGCCAGAGAUGGUAUCAGAAGGAAUUUUCCCAGGAAAUAAUCUUUAAUAUCACUACCAGCAGUCAGGCUCCCGAGAUGUGCUUGGACCUGCAUCCAGGCACCAACUACAGUGUCCACGUCCAGGCUUUGUCUUCUGAACUUCCUGUGGUCCUCUCCCUGACAACCCAGAUAACAGAGCCUCCCCUUCCAGAAGUAGACUUUGUCACAGUGCAUGGAAAGCCUCUACCACGUCUGAGACUGAGGAAAGCCAAGGAGAAAAAUGGACCGAUCAGUUCCUACCAGGUGUUGGUGCUUCCCCUGGCCCUCCAAAGCACUUUUUUUUGUGAUUCUGAAGGGGCUACCUCAUUCUUUAGCAACACCUCUGAUGCCAGUGGAUAUGUGGCUGCGGAACUACUGGCCAAAGAUGUCCCAGAUGAUGCCAUGGAGAUAUCUAUUGGGGACAGGCUGUACUAUGGGAAAUACUAUAAUGCACCUUUGAGAAAAGGGAAUGAUUACUGCAUUAUAUUACGAAUCACAAGUGAAUGGAAUAAGGUGAGAAGAUGCUCCUGUGCAGUUUGGGCUCACGUGAAAGUUGUCCAGGUGGGAGAACUGCCUCAGGGCUUGAGCAAUCACAGCUCCUUGGUUGCCAGACUUGGGAUUUCCCUGGCAGUACAUUUCUUUAAACCAACAGGCAGCCAGCCAGUGGAUUUGAUUCCUAGGAAUUCCAUUAGUUUGUUGCUUAAUACCAGAAAUCCUGUCAAGUUUAUGACCUUUGUAUCUGGACCUUUUUUCUUUGCGGUUUAUGAGUCCUAGCAACACCCUGAGGAAUUUUGCUCUUAGCUUGGAGUAUCAGUUUAACCCCUUGCAUCCUGUCUGUUACCUCAGAGCAGCAUAAAACAAUAGGCUGGGGUGGUAAGGAAGUGCCUGCAGAACUCUGCUUCCAGGAGGACUCCAGCUCCGGGCACUUCACAAUGGGGGAUUUGUUACCUUGUCAGUAGAGGGUGCUUAGCAGGAAAUGAUGGGAAAGGACCUGGAGAAUUAGACUUCCUUCAUUUGUCUGCUUGUCUUCUAAUCUUAUUUCCCAUCUUUUUAAUCUCUACUGACACCAACUUCAAAAAGAGCAGAGGACAUGGCUUUUCUACUGGGCAAGGCUCAUUACCAGACCAUUGGAUUGUGGUUGCCAGGCAGCGAGGGUCUUUGUGCCCCACCCCCCUCUACUCUCUUGAGAGAUAAUUUACAUAUAACAUUGAAUUUAAGGUGGUGACUUGAUCUAUAUUGCAAAAUGAUUACCACAAUGAGGUUAGUUAACACCUCCAUCAGCUCACAUGAUUACCAUGUAUAUUUGUGUUAUGUGUGAACAUUUAAGAUCUUCUCUCUUGGCAGCUUUCAAGUAUUUAAUACAGUAUUGUUAAUUAUAGUUGCCAUGUUGUACAUUAGAUCCCUAGUACUUAUUCAUUUUAUAACUGGAAGUUUGUACUCU